CCGCAUGCACGCUUGGUUGCACGGGCGUCAUCAUCCUGGCUGCCGGGGUUUGCCUUUCGUCGUCUUGUGUGCGUGUUGCGCCUCCUUUGUGGAAGCAAACGAAGCUGGCUGCGUGCAUGACGCAUCAUCAUCCAUCAUCCAACCCAUGAAUGGCUCAUAAUCCCCAAAUAUGAAAGCGUAUAAAAGGGCAAUGGGUCUUCCCUCUCGCCCUGGCGCCCCUCCAAAACUCAAAACCCCUCCCCACAGCAGUCAGUACCCUCAUUUUUGGACGGUGGCAUACCCACUUACUUUCCUCCUACUACUACUACCCAUUCACUCAUACGCACAUAUCCAUCCCACGAUUCCCCAUACGAUUACCACGGCAACCAUGUACAGAAUCACCACCGCAUCUGCAACGGCCACCCGAGGCCUCACCACAACCCGCUGCAUAACGCGUCAAUUCCUAAUCCGCCCAUCACAACACACCCGCGCUACCCAGCGCCGUCUCCUCCAAACCCAAAUCCCCCAAAAUGCACACGGAGCAGGCGCAUCCCACGCCCUCGCCGGUGUCGCCGGAGGAGUCGCUGUCCUGGCCGGUGGAUACGCGUACUACAAGUUCAGCGGCGCCGCUGACGUUGUCGCGAGCGCCCAAAAGACCGUCGCGACCGUGAAGCAGGUGACCGAUGCCGCGCCCUCGCCUGCUCAAGCCGGUCAUGCCGUCGUGAAAGCCAUCCGUGCCGUCGCCCCAUCGUUUUUCAAGGUUGUGCCUGGUCUGGACAGCGUCGUCGACCAAGGGUUCGAGCAACUGGAUGAGCUAGCCGAGACGCAUGGAGAGGAGGUCGAGAAGCUCGUGAAGGACACCUACGCCGAGCUCGCCAAGCUCGCCAAACGCGGAUUCAAUGAAGACACGUUGAAAGAAGCGACCGUGAUCGUGAGCGCGAAGCUCGACGAAGCACAAAAGCUCGCCAUCGACAUCGGCUCCGACGCGACCGACAAGAUCUUUGCCAAGAACCCCGAGCUGAAAAAGACGGUACAAUCCAGCAUCAACGAGCUGAAGGAGAUGGUCGACGUGCCCGAGGCGCAAAAGAUCUUGAACGAGACGUACGCCGAGAUCAAGAAGAUGGCUGACAAGGGGUUCAGCCCGGAGGCCGUCCUCGCCGCGGGUGUGUUUGUGAAGGGGCAGGUAUCCAAGGCGAAGAACCUCGCCUCCGAGACCGGUGAAGCCGCGUGGGAUAAGGCCGCCGACCUCGCGCAACCGUACCUGAAGAAAAUGCCCGCCGUGCAGAAACUCCUUGACGGAAAGAUCGAUGACCUGAAGCAGCUCGCGAAAGAGAACGGCGGACCGGAGUUGGAGAAGAUCGUGACCGACUUGUACACCGAGCUCAAGAAGAUCGGUGACAAGGGAAUCAACAAGGACAGUAUCGCGCAAGCUACCAAGCUGGUCGAGAGCAAACUCGCCGAGGCCGCCAAGCUCGGCGCGGGCGCUGCGGGAAAAGCCGGCGACGUCGCGUGGGAUAAAGCCUCGGAGCUCGCCAAACCCUACCUGAAGAAGAUGCCCGAGGUCCAGAAACUCCUCGACGAGAAGAUGGGCGACAUCAAAAAGAUCGCCAACGAGAACGGCGGUCCCGAACUCGGCAAAAUCCUCACCGACAUGUACACCGAGCUCUCCAAACUCUCCGAGAAGGGCAUCAACAAGGACACCAUCGCGAAAGCCACCAAGAUCGUCGAGAAGAAACUCGCCGAGGCCGCUGACGUCGGAUCCAAAGCCGCAUCCAAGGCCGGCGACGCCAUCUGGGAUACCGCCUCCGAGGCCGCCGCGCCAUACCUCAAGAAGAUGCCGGAAGUCCAAUCCCUGAUCGAAGACCGCGCCGAGGAGAUUAAAAAGAUCGCCAAGGCCAACGGCGGCCCGGAGCUCGAGAAGAUCAUCAAGGACAUGUACGCCGACCUCAAGAAGGUCUCCGACAAGGGCAUCAACAAAAAGUCCCUGGAGGAGGCCAAGAAGAUCGUCGAAGACAAACUCGCAGCAGCGUCCAAGAUCGGCUCCGACGUGGCCUCCAAAGCCGGCGACGCGGUCUGGGAUAAAGCCACGGAAGCCGCGUCCCCUUACCUCAAGAAGAUGCCCGAGAUCCAAUCCCUGAUCGAAGACCGCGCCGACGAGAUCAAGAAACUCGCCAAAUCGAACGGGGGCCCUGAACUCGAGGAAGUCAUCACCGUCAUGUACGCGGAUCUGAAGAAGGUGGCCGAUAAGGGCGUCAACAAGAAAUCACUCGCGGAGGCAAAGAAGAUCGUCGAGGACUCGUUAUCCCGCGCCACCGACAUCGGCUCCAAAGCCGCGUCGGAUGUCUCCUCCAAAGCCUGGAAACAAGUCGAGCCCCUCCUCACCAAACACGCCGACCUGAAAUCCAUCGUCGACGACCGGCUCGGCGACCUGAAGGACGUGGCGGCCAAGCACGGGCCGAAGGGCGAGAAGAUCCUGGAGGAGACGUAUGCGAAGAUUGCAAAGAUUGCGGAGAAGGGGGUCAGCAAGGAUACGGUGAAGGAGUUGAAGAGUGUGCUCCAUCAGCAGUAUGACAAGGCGAGGGCUUUGGCGGAGGAUGUGCAGGAUGAUUUGUGAAUGCGCUCCCCACCCCCCACUACCCUCUGAGUUGAGUUGAGACGAGUGAGAUGAUGGAGGUCUUUCGCCAGCUGGAAGUUCCAUGGUCUCUGAGAUACCCCCCCUACGCCUACCCCUUCCCACCAUGUAGAGUGAUGCCAACCCCCUUUUGUCCUUACAUGGCAUACAUCGGCUUUUUUUUCUUGGAAGCGCGCCCACACAUUCUUUUGUGAAUAAUCAUGGCUCUUUUUGAAAAAAAAAACAAAGGCUGGCAGCGAUCGCCGCAGGGCAGGAUGGGACAACCGCCCGCACAGAUCGUCUAUAAAAACAAAUGAGCUUGUCGACGGU